AUGUGCGUAGAUCUUAAAGCGAAUAUUGUUGUCUAUUGUGUUGUGUGUGAUAAUGCAUAUGUAUAUGAAAUGUUACCAAAUAACUUUCCAAAUGUAGGAGUUCCUCAUAUUGGCAAUAUACCCCCACAACAAUUAAGAGCGUUGCAAUUACUAGCAGCAAAUAAUGCAAGCUCUAUGAAUACUAAUAAUAAUAUCGCUUAUAUUCAACAACUAAUGAGUCAACAACAACAAAAUGAAACACAACGUUUAUUGAUGGAACAGGUAAAACGACAGGAUCAAGUUGCAGCUGCUGCUGCUUUACGCCAACAACAGCAACAACAACAAUUUGCAGCAAAUGAAAGGUUGUGCAAUGAUAUGUUAAAUAUGAUAUCAAACAAUCCAGCGCUAUUAACUAAUCCUACUUUUGUAAACGAGUUAAAAGCAUUUCAAAAUAAUCCAGCUUUUUUACAAAUGCAACAACAAAAAGUUCUUCAAGAAGCUGCCAGACUUCAAAUGAAUGCUGGCUUUAAUAAUCAAGCUUUAAUUCUUGCUGCACUUCAACAGCAGCAUCUUCAACAACAACAGCAGCAACAACAGCAACAGCAACAAAAUCAACUGUUAGUACAACAACAGCAGCAGCAGCAACAACAGCAACAACAACAACAGCAACAGCAGCAAAAUCAACUGUUGGCUCAACAACAGGCUAGUCAAUCUGUUGGGAAUGCUCAAGCAAUGGGUGGACUAAUUCUUCAACAACAAAAAAUUUUUAAUAAAAUGAUAAAUGAUAAAAAGAAACAGCAUGCUGCUGAUACUGAAUUAAUUGAACGUAAGCGAAAAGAUUUAGAAGAAAAAAUGAUUAAAGCUCAAGAUGAAAUUCGGGAAAUUGAUGAACAGAUUGCUGUUCAUGAAAAAAACAUAUCAAAAGCAAAACAGGAUUUUAUAAUUGCCAGUGAGAAGCUUCAACAGCUUAAGGAAAAAAUAGCAGCUGAUGCUGCACUUUCAAAAGAAGAUGGGUCUUCUGGAAUAGGAGGAAAAGAUAAAGAUAUUGAAUGUUUAAUCGAUCAGGUACGUAGAGCUAAUCUUGUACGUGUUGAAGCAAGCAAAAGUAAAAUAUUACUUCUUAAUCAAAACAAGCUUGUAGAUCCAGCACCUUUGUUCUUUGACAUAAUGGAUUAUCCACUUGUUAAAGAAGUUUUAAAGAAGCAUGAGACAUUUGCUCCAAAACUUCGUGAACAUAUAAAGAAAAUUCGUCAAGAAGAACAUGAAAUUUUAGAAGCGUAUCGUAAAGAAUAUGAAAAAAAUUAUGCUAUUUGGAAAGAGAAAGUUGACGCUUUUGAAAAUAGUGCAGAGAAAAAGUUGAAAGAUAAAGAAAGAAGUAUAAUAUUUGAAAAAACAUUUGAUACAUUAAGAAGUCUUCGUGAAAAUGAAGAGAGAGCUAAUCGUGCAUCAAAAAGAAGAAGUUAUGGCAUUGAUAAUAUUGAUCCAGCAGUACGUGAAAAGGCUCAAAGAAGUGCUGUAUUUGUACCUUUAAUGCAGUUACCUGAAAAGGUUCAUUUUAUAAAUAGAAAUAGGAUUGUACAACAACCAAUACUGGAGAAUCAUCGUAAAGGGGUAAAACAUGAAUUAUCUUUAUGGGAUGAUGAUGAAAAAAAGACUUUUAAAGAAGUGAUAGCUCAAUAUCCAAAAAAUUUUGCUGCUAUUAAACUAUUUUUACCAAAAAAAACUGCUCAACAAUGUGUUUAUUAUUACUAUCUUACUAAACAUGCUGAAGAGUAUAAAAGAAUUUUUAUUAAACGUAAAAAUAAUAAAGCAAGAAAAGCACUCGGUGCUCCAAUGCCUUUACAAGAAGAAGUAGAUAAUUAUUUAUCUAAUCAAAAAAGAGGAAAAGAUAAACCAAAAACUUUAUUUUCUUUAUCAUUAGAAUGUUGGUUGUGUAAAAAGAAAGUUGAUUCAAAUGACGGUUCAUUAACAAAAACAUCUAUUAAUAAAUGUCACCAUUCAACGUGUGGUACUGAAAUUGGUGAGUGUAAUGAUGCUUAUCUUUGUGAAGAAUGUAUUCAGUUAGGUCAACCAAAUAGAAAUCCAAGAGGAUUUAAAAAAUGUAUGAUUGGUGUUUGCCAAAAUGAGCAGAAAAAAAUUAAAGCUCUCAAAACUUUUUCUAAUAGAUGGAAUGAAUUAAGUGAAGAUGAAAAAGAAUUUUUCCGUGAAAGAUUUAAAUUUGGUAUAUUAAUAACUAAAAGUUGUUCUGCUUGUGCAAAAAAAAUUCAAAAAGAUAUUGAAUUAUUUUUUGACGGUGCAUUAGAUGAUGAAGUAAAAGUAUUUCAAAAGAAACGUGAUUUUGAAUUAUCCCCAUUUGAAUGGGAUGAUAAAAUGAAUGAGAAAUUGUUAAAGCUUGUUGAAGAACAUGGUGAAGAUUGGAACUUUAUUUCUAAACAAUUUGAGAAUAAAAAAGCAAAUAGUUAUGCAUGUAGAAGUAAUUAUGAUCAUUUAAUGUAUCUUCAAUCAAAGGCAGAAGAAGCUGAAAGAAAAAAGAAAGAAGAAGAAAUGGAAAAAGAACGUUGUAUGAAAGUUAAAGAAUUUGAAAAGGAACAAUCUGCUUUAGUUAAUACUAACAUUAAUAAUACAAAUAUUACUACUAAUAAUGUUGUUACUGUUGUAGAAAAAGUUUUACCUCCAAGUACUAGUACUGGAUCUAUAACACUUGGAACACCAGUAAGAAAUACUCAGAGUAACAAUAGUAGUAAUGUUGUUAUAUCAAAACCAAGCGUUAGCAAUAAAAUUUCAUCUCCUUUUUCAGUAAAAAGUUUUGUUACUACAGCUGUUUCAAAUAAUAAAAAAUCAGAAUCACCACUUCUCCAAAAAAUUGUUCAUCCUACUUUACCAAUGUCCCAUCAAGUUCAGCCUCUUCAACAGCAAACACAGCAACAAGUUUUAUUGUCUUCCUCAAAGAUGGAUGAAGGACAUACUGCAAGUUUCAAUAUAAACGAAGAAGAUGCUAAAAAUAUUCUUGCAAAUCCUAAUUAUGCUCAUUUACAUCCAGCUAUUAGACAAUAUUUAAUUUCAAAAAUUAAUUUACCAGAACAACUAAUUCAGCAACAACAACAACAACAACAACAAUCGUCUCAAGCUCUUUAUGAACAACUUAUGAGAUUUAAUAAUGAACAGCAAAAAUUAUUAUCAAUUCAGCAACAACUUGAACAUGUUAGAAACUUAAAAGUUUUUCCUCCAACUUUACCACGCCAAUCAGUUCCUUUAGUUAUAGCUCAUUUAGAAGAACAGGUUCGGGAGCAACAAAAUAUUGUUCAACAAAUUAAAAACCAAUUGGCACAAUCACAAAUACAACAAAAUUAUCAACAGAUACAGCAACAAUAUUUACAAGAACAAAAAAUUUUACAGGAACAAAAAUUGUUACAAGAACAAAGAUUGUAUGAACAAAAAUUAAAUGAGCAAAAAGCUCAAGAACAGAAGUUAAUUGAACAGAAAAAUCAAGAACAAAAAUUAAUAGAACAGAAAGCCCAAGAACAAAAAAAGAAAAUUGGGACAUCAACGAGUAGUAGUUGCAGUGUUGUUGGUAGUAAUAAUGUAUCAUUAUAUGAAGAUUCUUUAAGGAAAGCGAAAGCUCAGGGACAAGAAGUUCUUCUCCAACAACAACUUAUGAAACAACAAGAUAUUCAACGUCUUAAUACUCAACAACAACAACAAAAUCAUCAACAACAAGGGAAUGGAAAUAUUGAAAUAAUUAAAUUUUUAGCAAGUUUAACAGAAAUUAGUGACUUUUCACCUGAUCAAAAAAGCCAAAUAACUUGGGCUAUGGAUUAUCUUAAUAAAAGGCCUGAUGUUUGUGAUUUAUUACAAGCACUUUUUAAACAAGAUAGUUCAACAGCAGAUAAAUUUUUCUGUGGACCUGUAGCAUUUCUAAGAAAAAUUGGAAAUGAUAUGGAAGCUGCCAAACAACAUUCGAAUUUAUUGUCACAACAACAACCUCAAUCAGUUGAGGGAAAUCAUAACAACAUUGUUAUGGUUGAAAGUUCAUUAUCUCCAGGAACAGAAUCACAAACGGCAUCAGAAUCAGGUAGGAAAAGAAAAACAGGUCUUGGAACACAAAUGCUGCCUCAAAUAAAUCAUUCCCCUUCGAUGCCAUCUGAUCCAACUCAUCUAAUACCCGGUACUUUUAGGCCUAAAAAACCAACAACUACUCUUUCAAUCACAGAAAUUCCAACUACCAAACCAACAAGUAGUAGCAUUAGUCAAGAGUCUACUGUAAAUGAAACUCAACAAAGUUUAAUUAAUAAGCAAAUUGAUAAAAUAGUACGUGAUGAAAUGACAAAAGAAGCUCCACCAAAAAGAAAAAAGACAAAUCUUGAUGAGACUGUGACAUCUAUUAUAAAUGAUGAAUUAAUGAAAGAUUCUGGUAAUGAUGAAUUACUAAGUGCAUUAUUAUCACCUGUUGAAUCUGCAAAAAAUGCAGUACCAACAGCAGAAGGAAAAAAGGAAGAAGAUAAGAAAGAUGAAUUUUCUUUUUUAGAUGAUUCUUUUCCACCACCAAGACCUCCAGAACUUAUUAUAGAACCACCGCCAUUACCACCUUUUGAUAUUGGUAAAAAUGUAUCUCCUUCUAUGAUAGAAAUAAAACAACCACCAAGUUUAUUGUGCAGUCCUUCAAUAAAAAUUUCUAUUCCAGAUGGUCUUUCAACGUCAAGUGAUGCAAAGCCUUCACCUUCUGGUUUUCCCGUACCUCAAUUUACACCACCGCCUAUAGAUGAUGAUUCUUCUAAUGUUGAAAUGGCAAGAGAAGAUUUGGAUAAGAGUGAUAUGUUAUUAAUGAAAACACCAAUGUUUUUACCAAGUGGUAUUCCAUCUCCACCCAAGCCUCCAAGUAUUACAACUCCAACAGAGUUACCACCACCGCCACCAUCACCUCCUCCAUUACCUACAACAUCAUCGUCAUCGAUAUCUUCCAUAAAUAACGAUCUUCCAAUCAUAUCAGAAAUAAUGUUGCUUUCCCCAAAACCUCCAAAACCACCUGUGCCUUUGAUGUUGCAAGAACAUCACAAUCAUCAUUCAUCUCUAAAGUGUGAAUAUGAGGACAUUUCCUCUUCUUCUGGAAGUGAUGAAGAUGAUUUGUCAAAAAAUGAAUUAUCUCUUGUUGAUAUAAAAGAUGAAAUGUACUCAGAAUUGUUAAAAAGUUUUCCCACAUUUGAUAUGGUAUUUAUUUCCGAUUCAUCUCAAGAAGCAAUAUCUCCACAAUUAGCGGCUGGUACAUCGCGAUCUCACUUUACCGUUAAAACAACUAUUCCUCUUUCUACUACUACUCCACACUUAAUUUCAACGGAAGCUCCCCCCCAAACUCCAACAACAGCUCAAUCAACCCGGUAA